AUGUUUGUCCUGGGCUCUAUACCUCCCUGCCUCUUGCUGCUCUGCUGGCUGCUACCCACUCACAAAACCGCCCUUCACCGUACUGCACUCCUAUGUCUGCAGGCGGCGGGGCAUGUGGCGGGGCAUGUUUAUCCUGGGCGCUCUCCCUCCCUGUCUCUUGCUGCUCGGCAUGGCAGUUGCUGCACCGGAGACGCCGCGCUGGCUGCUGCUGGUAGGUACACGCGUACAUUGGCAGGUACAAGCGCCAUAUAUGAGGUGGCUUUUGAGUCGACUCAAAAUCUCCCUUUCUCGAAAUGCCGCUGCUGUGCCUCCCUGUCUCUUGCUGCUCGGCAUGGCAACCGUGGCACUGGACACCACAGCCUGCACGCAGCAGCGCGGGCAGCAGUGAUCGUGAGAGGAACGGAGGGGGCAGAAGAGGUGUUGCAGGAGCUCAUGUCGACACACCCACUUGCCACCUCUGCACUCACAUCCGCUGCUGCUGAUGCUCCCAGCAGCACCGCCCUGCACCUCACCAGAAGCUGCUCUGCUGUUGAGGUGCCUCUUGAGCAUGCUGCUGGUGCACCCAGCAUCACCGCGCUGCACUCCACCAGAAGCUCCUCUGCUGUUGAGGUGCUUCAAAAGCAUGGUGCUGAUGCAACCAGCUCCGCCCUUCACUCGCCUUUGCUCACCAGCAGCCGCUCUGCUCCACCCCCUGCUGCCUCUCUCUUCCAUCCAAGAUACCGACGAGGUGAGCGGCUACCUUCAACCACCUCCCGCCCAUCCCCUCUAUCCAACUACCAUCACCCUCCACCCAAUGCAGUGCUCCUCCUCGGCCCCACGCUCUUCGCCCUGCAGCAGUUUGCAGGCAUCAACGCGGUCGUCUACUUCUCCUCUCACGUCUUCCGCUCUGCUGGGUUUUCUUCUGGCAUUGCCGCCUCUGUCCUAAUCGCCUCGUUCAAACUCGCAGGUAACAUCUCCUCCUUUCCCGCCUCUUUCCCUUCUAUGUCUUUUCUGUCUACUUCUCCUCUCACGCCUUCCGCUCUGCUAGGUACUCAGCCUCUUCACCUCCCGUGUCUCUCCCAUGUACUCUCCUCCAACCUCUUGUUGCUCCCAUUUCUCUUGUUCCUCUUAUCUCUCUCGUUCCUCUUAUCUCUCCCGUUCCUCUUAUCUCUCUCGUUCCUCUUAUCUCUCUCGUUCCUCUUAUCUCUCUCGUUCCUCUUAUCUCUCUCGUUCCUCUUAUCUCUCUCGUUCCUCUUAUCUCUCUCGUUCCUCUUAUCUCUCUCGUUCCUCUUAUCUCUCUCGUUCCUCUUAUCUCUCUCGUUCCUCUUAUCUCUCUCGUUCCUCUUAUUUCUCUCGUUCCUCUUAUUUCUCUCGUUCCUCUUAUUUCUCUCGUUCCUCUUAUUUCUCUCGUUCCCGUCCCUUCAUCCCAUCAGCUGUGCUGCUGGCAGCGCGACUGGUUGA